GACACCCAUUUUUAAAUAUUUUACAAAUUCUCUAAUUACACAAACAGUUCAACCCUGUCAAGCAGACGAAAAUCUAUUGGACUUAGUGAUUUACUGGGUUUUCGGUCUUGUUUUUUUUAUACUUUUUCAUACUAAAAAAAAAUGGCAUCAGCUGAAACUUUCUGGCGGCUUGGCCAUAAUAUUACUAAACAUGACGUUGACGGUAGUAUUGCUUUAGGCUAUCGGAAAUUCAGAUCCUUUUUUGGGACUUCCCCGAGUGUGUGUGCUGCUGCUUAUGACAAUUUAUCUCAUGUCCGUCCCAUUAAAUCGCGCCCAGAGCAUCUUUUAUGGACAUUAUUGCAUUUGAAGCAUUAUGCUACUGAACACAUAAGUUCUGCUCUAGUUGGAGUGUCGGAAAAAACAUUUCGGAAGUGGUGCCAUAUUUUCAUUCGCCUUCUCGCAAAAAUGCCAGUGAUUGAAUGGGAGAAUCGUUUCCAUAGAGCCCUUAAAGGCUCCAACAUUCUGGUAUCUAUUGAUGGAGUAGAUUUCAGAAUCAUGGAGCCAUCGCCAUUCAACCCCAAAUGGUACUCACAUAAAUUUCAUGGUCCCGGUCUUAGAUACGAACUAGCCAUUUGUAUCCGAACCGGAGACAUUGUUUGGGCUUACGGUGGACUUCCCUGUGGCGAAUGGUCAGAUCUUAGGCUAGCCCGAGAUGUCUUUAUUUUCGGUCUUAGAGAAGGAGAGAAAGCCAUUGCCGAUCGCGGUUACAACGACCCAAACUUUUUUGAUUUCCCUAACGGAAACAAUGAUGGGAAGAAAAAACAGGUUUUAGCAAGGCACGAAACCUUGAACCGACGAUUAAAGCAAUUUGACUGCUUACAACAAAGAUUCCGCCAUGAUCUGUAUUUGCAUCCCCUUUAUUUCCAUUCUGUAGUAAAUCUAACGCAAAUGAUGAUUGAUCAUGGUGAAACAUUGUACUCAGUUGACUUUUAAAUUUUGAUACGCAAAAUAAAUCUCAAUCUCAUUUUGAUAAAAAUGUA